GGAGCGGACCUGGAAUUAACCUCAUCUGGAAACCACCCUCUUGCCUCAGACCUGGGAGCAGAUGAACAGCUGAAGGCCAAUAGGGAAGUCCCACCUCGAAGUCGACCGAGAAUGAAUGGGUCCGAGGAGCCCCCCGAGGCCUAUGACUACGACCUGAUCAUCAUCGGAGGGGGCUCUGGAGGCCUGGCCGCUGCCAAGGAGGCAGCCAGAUAUGGCAAGAAAAUCCUGGUGUUGGAUUUUGUGACUCCGACUCCCCUUGGAAAUAGAUGGGGUCUUGGAGGGACAUGUGUGAAUGUCGGCUGCAUACCCAAGAAACUCAUGCACCAGGCAGCCUUGUUGGGGCAGGCCUUGCAAGACUCCCGCAAGUAUGGAUGGCAACUCUCAGAAGAAGUCAAGCAUAAUUGGGAAAGCAUGACCGAAGCGGUCCAGAAUUACAUCGGCUCCCUGAACUGGGGUUACCGGGUGGCCCUCCGGGAGAACAGGGUCACCUACGAGAACGCUUAUGGAGAAUUUGUGGGCCCCCACAAGAUUAAGGCCACCAAUAACAAGGGCAAAGAAAGAUUCUAUUCGGCGGAGAGAUUUCUCAUUGCCACUGGUGAAAGGCCGCGCUACCCGGGCAUCCCAGGAGACAAAGAGUAUUGCAUCAGCAGUGAUGACCUCUUCUCCUUGCCUUACUGCCCGGGAAAGACACUGGUGGUUGGUGCUUCCUACGUGGCCCUGGAGUGUGCUGGGUUUCUGGCAGGCAUUGGUUUGGAUGUCACCGUGAUGGUUCGAUCCAUUCUUUUGAGAGGGUUCGACCAAGAUAUGGCUAACAAAAUUGGAGAACACAUGGAAGAUCAUGGCAUCAAAUUCAUAAAGAAGUUUGUGCCUAUCAAGAUCGAACAGAUCAAAGAAGGCAUGCCCGGGACCCUCAGGGUGGUGGCUCAGUCCACCGACGGCAAGGAGACCAUUGAGGGAGAGUACAAUACGGUGCUGCUGGCUAUAGGACGAGAUUCGUGCACAAGAAAGAUCGGCUUGGAAACCGUCGGGGUGAAGAUCAAUGAAAAGACAGGGAAAAUACCCGUCAAUGAUGAGGAACAAACCAACGUACCUUACAUUUACGCCAUUGGGGAUGUCUUAGAAGACAAACUGGAACUGACACCAGUCGCCAUCCAGGCCGGCCGACUGUUGGCCCGGCGACUUUACGCUGGUUCCACUAUAAAGUGUGACUACGACAAUGUCCCCACCACUGUAUUUACCCCCAUGGAAUACGGGGCUUGUGGCCUCUCUGAAGAGCGAGCUAUUGAGAAGUUUGGAGAAGAAAAUAUAGAGGUCUACCACAGCUACUUUUGGCCUCUGGAAUGGACCAUCCCAUCAAGAGAUAACAACAAAUGCUAUGCCAAAGUCAUCUGUCACGUCAAAGACAACGUAAUGGCCCGGAGGGAGCUGCCCCUUUCAGAACGUGCCCUCUGCAAAGGAGCUCAGAUAUCAGGCAUGUACACCUUCGUGUAA